UGGUGGUCUUUUUGGAUGUAAAUCGAUCACGGAUUGUAAUCGGGCGACGAAAGAAGGCCGUGAACAUUUUCCAGAUGUACAGUCCUAAAUACUCCAAAGCACAAAGCUGUGCUUAUUUCUGCUUCAAAAAUGCCCUGGUGGCACUUAACACGCUUUAUAUUUUCAUAGCCUUGGUAAUGAUAUGUGUAGCUGUUUAUGCCAAAGCAUCAUCUAAAAUAACCAGUCUCCCGAUUCUUGGUGGUGUAGUUGCCUGUGGCGUUUUCCUUCUUCUCAUUGCCAUCAUGGGUGUUGCUGGUGCAGUGCGUCACAGCCAAGUGAUUCUGUUCUUUUAUAUGAUUAUCAUGCUACUUCUGUUUAUCAUUCAAAUGUCAGUGUCUCUUGGUGCAAUAGCAGUUUCACAUGAGCAGCAGUCUAAUCUAAUGGAGGCAGGAUGGGGAAAGAUGUCACCCACUUUAAAGACCAAAAUCCAAAAAAUCAAAGACUGUUGUGGAUUUAAAAAUAAAAAUAUGACGUCAGGUGAAAUGGGACAUCCGAAGUGUACUGCGCUACCAUGCUGUUCUAAGACUACUAACGAUGAUACAUGCCCCAAAUGUGAAACAUGCUAUGACAAGUUAAAAGAUGUGGUAAAUCAUCUUCUGAAAGUGGCUGGAGGAAUUGGUCUGUUCUUCAGUUUUACCUUGCUGUUUGGUGUGUAUAUGGCGUGCCGCUACAGGAAUCAGAAGGACCCUCGUGCCAAUCCUGGGGCUUUCUUAUAGGUCCCUGGGUGCUGAGCUAAAUUCUUAGACCUGUGCUAACCUUUCUUUAACCUCUAAAUAGAUCUCUUAACCAUGCUAAUUUACCCAUUAUUGAAAAUAUGUAAAAUAAGAUUGGAGAGACAUGAUUGUUUGUAAUAUAUUAUACAGGUUAGAUUGCAUGUGUUCCUUUGCUUUUUAUUAUCAUUAUUUUUCAGUAUCACUGUGUCAGUAUCAUGUGGAGUUAGUCUGAUUCAAUACCAUGAUUACAUAGCUGCCAUUUUUAUUUAUUAGAAGCAACAAUAGCAGUUGACUAAGCUUUUAAAUGUUUCAAGACUAACUUUUAAUCAGUGACAUGGCAAAGUCUACUGGUAUGACAGAUUCUAGUGAGGGGCAGGGUGGGUGGGUUAGUUAGUUAGUUUGGUAUAAGAGUUUCCCCCUCCCUGCCUUAGGCAUAUCCUUCUGUCCAUGCAGAGUGACUUUUUUCUAUAAUAUCCACAGUAGCUAGUGUUAAGUAAUCUAUCAAUGAGUUGUUUGCUGCGAGUCUUUGAGAUUAUUGUAUGGCGAGGUAGUCUUGAGGUAAAUCCCAGUAUUCUGACUCAUUCUUACUUUGUCUUUAUUUUGCUCUAUGGACCAGGUCUUUAUUUUGUUUUAUGGACCAUUUCCAUGGAAAUAAUCAUAAGCUCUGUAUUUUUGGUUGCAAAACCUGCAAAUUCAGAAUACAAGUUUGGUCCUGGUGCCAUAUGAUAAACCACUUACUAACCUUGCUUUAUAGAGCCAUACUGCAGAAUUUUUAGGCCUCAGUCCAUUUUUAAAUUCUAGGGAGAAAUCUUUUGAAGUUAGAUUGACUGACAGUUCAAUUUUCUCAUAUUGUGUAUUGUAUGAAGGUCUAUGGCCCAUUGAUAUCAUUACUCAUUUUUUUUUGGAAGAAAAACAGAUGCCUUUCUUAUGUUGCAGUAUUUUAGGGUUAGAGUAGUUGCCUAACUGCUUCUAUUUCUCCAGUUAAAAUGGAGGUAUUUUGAGAAUAUUUCUAGACUAGAAAAUCUCUCUUUGAAAGCUAUAUUUAAUAGCAGUAUUUAAUUAUUUCAGGAGUGUUUAUUGAUGAAUUAUUUAAGGUUGAUUUUUUUUUGUUAUGUUAGGUGUAGAAGAAUAUAUCCUGAAAAUAAACAUUCGGUAUCUUUGUGCUUUUAUGCAGUCUUCAGUAACAUUCCCCAGAGCCCAUAAUUCCUAGAAGAGAAUGAUAUACCAGAAAACCAGAAAGUUUCUGGCCUUUCAUAUCUCUGAUAGUUUUUGUAAGGUUACUUUUUCACGCGUGUUUUCUAGGUUCCAAAAUAAAACUUUGAAAAUUA